GCAUUUGCUUACAAGAACCAUCCUAUCUACAGAGUUGACGUGAUGGGAAUUGUCGUCAGCAUUGCAGAGAGAGAACGAUUCUUCAAUUAUGCUGUUGAUGAUGGAACAGGAGUUAUACAGUGUUGCUGUUGGAAACCUAAGCGAGAUGAAAGAUCACAUAAUAUUCAUCAAACAUCCAUUGGAGAUGCAGAAGGUGAGCUUGCUGCAUCCCUUUUUAAGAGAAUGGAAGAUUCCACUCAAGAAGUGCUAACAUCAUAUGAGCUGGGUGAUCUCAUUCAUGUUAGGGGAAGGCUGAAAUUAUUCAGAGGGAACAUCGAGGUGUCUGCAUCCUAUUUCAGGAAAAUUCAAGACCCUAGCUACCAGACGGAGAUGAAAAGAAUGGAGGAGAUACCUAUUCUUUACCAGUCUGUGUAUGAUCUUCCAUUUGUCUCAGAAGGUGGUCCCAGCGUCUGUGCAUUAGAGGAUAAGACUGCUCUCAAAAGAGAGGUUCAGCUGAUUGGGGAAGUGCAUAUAAAGUUGCUGAAGCUCCUGCAGGAAAAGAUCAUUCAGAACUUUUAUCUUCAUGAGCUUGAAACAGUGGCUGAACUGUUAGAGAUAGCAUCAUUACCUUGCCAUGAAUAUCAAGAGGAUGCAGAUAGACCACAUCAACGAGGCAGACAGAUAAAGAAUGUCUUCAAGAAUGUUACUGAGAAGCUGGAGAAUGAUGGGAUGGUUUUCAGGAGUAGCACAGAACAUGGACUUUAUCAGGCUGUGCCAGGAAACUUCAGGCUGAAUGAAAGUAUAUUAGAGAUACUGAGAGAAGAUUGCCAACACCCGAAAUUUGAAGGUGGAUGUCAUUACAUGCAUGUAACUGAUAGACUACGUAAUCACCCUGGCUAUGAGAACAUCGGCCCUGAUGCAGUGAAGGAGGCCCUCUCUUGGUUGGAAUCAAACAGUGAAGUCAUCAGCACCACUUCAAAACAUUACAUGGCCAUAACUUGAGAGAAUCUAGCGCUUUUAUUGUCUCAUUUGGCAUGGACCAGAAGAAGACAGUGAAGAUAACAUGGAUAAAAGAAGGAGAGAAAGGGGUAUUCUGAAGGAUAGUUUAAAAGUAGGGCCAUGGUUGAAAUACCUGAUAAAUUAUUGAAAUCACUUUCUGGUGUUUAGCUAGUGAGUAGCAAGAAAAGGGCAAUACUUGUGAAGAUGAAUAAUAAACAAGCAGACAAUUUUACUCUGCAGGAUAAGACAAAUCGCAUAUGAAAUAAACAUUAACGUCGUGAAGCAGUGGAGUGUUGUGGCCCAGUGGAUCAGUCUCCGGACCUUGAAAACAGAGGUUGAUAACAGAGGAUUGUGGGUUCGGAUCCCAGUCAUAGGGUAAUUACGUUCAACAAGAAAUUUACCCACUUCGUGCUGCACUCAACCCGGGUAAGGUAAAUGGGUACCAGCAUGAAGUAAUUCCUCAAAAUGCUGUGAGCACUUGAAUAGUUCGACUAGCUUAGCCGGGGUAAUAUAGGAGUGCCUUGAGCACCUAGCAAGGUGGAUAUGUGCACUAUACAAAUAACCUAUAUCAUUUAUAUCAAUAUUAUUGGCUGUGAGCACUAGCCAAAAGACCAUGGAUAACGCAUGAUUAGAAGCCUGCAUGGUUUAGAUUUGUGCACCCCCAGCUGACCAUAUACGAGAAGUUUGGUGAAUCUUUACAAGUAGUGUCAUCUAUUAUUAUAUACAGCCAGCUUGUAACCACAGAAUGAUGAAAUAGACAACUGAAAUAUGCAAUCAAUACCUAGGUUUGGUUGGAGUUUGUAUUUGUUAUAUAGGAUGAAAGCGUAUUUUCUGAAUCAGUAAGUUGGGAUGAACAGCAAGCCCCAACAUUGCUUUUAGGGAUGAUAUCACUCUUUGCUAGUAACUUAGCCCAAAGGUUCCAUUAACACAAAGGUUUACAAUUAAUAGAUUAAUGUUGAUGGCCGAUCAAGAUCCAUUUUGCCUGCACAUUUAGUUCAAAUACUGAAGAUGAUCGAACCAGAAUUAUUCUUUAUUUUUUAUUUGCAACCCAGUGGGUCUCAGAAAUGUGUUCAUGAUGGUGUACAGCAUAAACGCAAUUUUGCUAUGUUUAUUUUUCUUUGUAAAAGUACAGAUUGGAAUUGUAUUUGAAGUCUUUCUCUCAAUGAAAGAACAAAGGAAAAGGUACUUGAGAGCAUAUCAAAAACAUCGCUUUUGUGGAAUUCAGUACAAUUAAUGAUGAAAGUUUUAAUAUGCAGUGAUUUGAUUUGUGGAAGUUAUAAUCGAUUGCUGAUUUUUCUUGAGAAUUUGUCCAUUAAUUGUGUGAAGGCUUGACCUAAAUUUCUGAUUGGAAAUAACAGGUUAGUAAGCUGGAUAAGUUCAAACCAGCCUAAAAGUGUGGCCAGCCAUAAUUAAAACAUGUGCUUAGAAACUAUUUACAUACAAAUGUCAGUAUUCUGUAAAGGAUAUAGGUAAUGAAGGAUUUAACAAAUACAGUCUCCAUUUUCUGAAAUAUUUGAGAUAUGUCACCUUGAAAAUAAUACUUUAAACUGUAACCAUUAUCACUAUGCAAGACAUGUACAUUGUGUGAUGCAAGGGUCAUGAAGUGAUUAUAUUCCUAACUUUAGUUAACUUUAAAUUCUAUUGUGGUGGCAUUAUUCUUUUCUUUUUCCCAAUCAUAGAAUUUUAACACAACUUUUUGAUGAGUCCAUGUGUGAGAUAUGUUAUGGCUUUCUAGGAUGUUCUCUGAAGAAUCAAUCAAGUAUGAUAUUUUACUUGGAAAGCGCCCUCCCGAGUUUUAUCAACGGCAUGGUAGUCCACACGGCGAUGUGGCCUGUAAUACAAGAUGCAUGGGGAAGUUUCAAAUUGAUGCCGAGGUUCAAGGGUCGAGCCCUGGUCACUUCUUUUUUGGAUGGCGAUAUUAGAGUUUGGUCCCAGAAGUUUCUUUGUUUUUAUAAAGUACCACUCUUAGCAAACACUCAUUGUUUUCCAAUUCAAUGAGUAGUAUAAAGUGGACCACUGAGUGCACUUCAUCUUUAGAGCAAUGCUGUUCAGUGUGCAUAGUCCUAAAAACAUAAUUCAGCUACUUUGAAAUAAAUUUUGAUUUUAUUGUACUCUCAAGUGAUUAGUUCAUAAUUGUUGAUUUCAUCAUAAUCUAAAAAACGGUUAUACAAUUUAAGUUUCCUUUUUCCUCACAUUAAUACAAAUUAAUUUGUGAAAGUUGGUAAAAGAUAUUUCAAACAAACAAGUUCCUGAAAUUUUGUUGAAACAUUAAUUUGAUAUUUUGUUAUUCAUUGCUAAGUUUUCCUUUUAAAUGCAUUUCAUGGGGUUUUACAAUUAUUUUUUCUCUCUGCAAAAUAUAUUCCAGAGUUCAUUAUCUUAUUGCCAUGACUAUUUUCCUCACAUAUACAAAUAAAUGGGGAUGGAAGUUGGCAAAAAGGAUUUCAAACGGGACAGCCUGAAAUUUGUCAUAUAUGAAUUUAUUUUGUAUAUUUUUAAUUUGCUCUAUCAUUUUCAUGCAUUUUAUUUGGGAGCUAUUUGAAUACAAUUUUUCUCUUGACAGGAAUUUAA